UGCAGGAAACAUUUUCUUCUGAUGACUCUUCAUGAAGGUUAUAUUUGCUGCACAGUAGAACAGUGCACCACCACUUCGGAGUCCGCUAAAUCUUCCUGAAGGUCUUUUGCAGUCUAACGGGUGUUUUGAUUUGCCUUUCUAGCAAUCCUAUAAGCAGUUCUCUGGGAAAAGUUUCUUGGUCUUCCAGACCUCAACUUGACCUCAACCCUACCUGUUAACUGCUAUUUCUUAAUUACAUUACGAACUGAGGAAACGGCUACGUGAAAACGCUUUGCUAUCUUCUUACAGUUGGUAAAAGUAAUCUGAGAGCUCAAAUGUCUUGGGGGGCCCAAACUUUUGCAUGGUGUUCCUUUAUUGUUUGUCACUCUAAAAUUGUACAAAACAAAAAUAAUACAUGAAUCUUGCUUAAAAUGUUGAAAAGAAUGUUUCAUCUUUAAAUUUAUGACUUUUGGAGAUCAGUUGAUCUUCUACUCACUUAACUAUUUACAGGAACAGAAAUUUUGACCAGGGGUGCCCAACCUUUACCUGUGUGACUUGUUGAGGUUGGGUCCUGGGAUAUCACAGAUCUUGAUCCAUGUAAAAUGGACCUGGGGAUCGAGCUACUUGGGCUUAUGAGGUGUUGAGCGAGUAUUUCUGGUCUGGUAUCAGAUGUUUGUUUCUGGAGUUUCUUUGGAAGCAAUGACUGCUAAUAUGAGGAGAGGAUGAGUUCUGAUUCCAUCCUCACAGGGACAGGCUGUGAGUAAAUGUGCUGUACCGUGUUUACCACAGUUUAAAAAACAGUAAAAAAAAAGUCAACCCCCUACCAACUACCAAAGAAAAAAGCUGAUGGAUGACAAUGGAUAAUUAGAACUAAAAACAUAUUCACUUAAGAAGAGAAGAUAAAAAUAAACAUAAAAGUCUGUGCACUGUUAAACUUUAUAAAUUGGAAAAGUAAUUUAGGAAAGGUCCUCAAAUAUCAUAAAAAGAUUGUUUUGAAUUUAAGACUGAGCAGCGGAUCUUUUCUAAAUAUAAAUAUGACAUAAUAUCACGUAGCCAUUGAAGGCGUGUAGGAGGGGUGGACCCCUUCCAUUUAAGCAAGAUUGCUCUUCAUGCUAAAAGAGAGGUAAAAACUAAAACCUGUAGGUUAGGAGUAUUUAAAGUUACAUCUUCAUUUGCAAUAAUACCAAACAAGGCAGUAAGGGGAUUUGGGUCAAAUUGGACCCUAAAAAGUUGAGAGAAGGUAUGAAAUACUUCCCGGCAAAACUUUUCAAUUGUAGAGCAAAACCAAAACAUAUGAAUUAAAGAGGCAACCUCAUAUGAAUUAAAUGCAAUCCGCAGAGUUGCAUUUAUUACAAAGUGGAGAAACAUUCAGGUAAAAACUGGAGAGCUUCUGUUUAGAAAUGUAAGCUCUAUGAACCGCUUUAAAUUGUAGAAGAGAAUGACGAGCACAGAAAGAUGAUUUAUUAACCCGUUUAAGAAUUUUAUUCCAUCUAUCAUCAGAAGUCAGUCUAACAAAACGUUAUUAACCUGAAUUGUAAAGUUUGUUCCUCUCCCCACAGCUGUUCCUUACCUGCUGAGUGUUUCUGGUAAUUCCAGUUUCUUUUUUAUUACAUUCGCCCUGGAAUGGUUUAUAUUUCCUGAAAUGGACCUGUUUUAACCUGGAAAUGGAAAUGGCUCAUUCUGUGAUAGCAGAGCAGUAAAGAAACCACAACUUUUCUCUUUAAAUUAUCCUGGUACCAGUUUGUGUUCAGUACAGUUGUUGCUAGCAAGAUUUACAAGAAUAAUCUCAGGAAUGAUCGGCUUUAUGUAUGAGGAGCAUUUGAUCGUUCUGGACAUGUGCUCAAUAGAGUUCAGAGGGACGGUGGGGGUGGUGGAGGGAUGUAUGGUUAAGUAAACCUACCAAAUGCUGAAAAGCCUGGAUACAGUGGACAUGGAGAGGAUGUUUCCAUUAGACGGAGAGUCUGUGAUCUGACAGCACAGUCUCAGAAUAAAGUUUCCUUUAAAACUGAGAUGAGAAAAACUUUUUGGCUAAAAGAUGUCUGAUCUGUGGAAUUUGCUGUCACAGAGGUUGGUUGAGGCUGCCAUUUGGGUAUAUUUAUGGCAGAGAUUAAUAAACUCAUGAUUGCUAAGUAGCUUUGGGAUUACAGGAGGAAGGCAGAAAUAUUGUGCUGGAAUAGAAAUCAGCCAUGGUUGAGUGGUCGGGCAGACCAGAUGGAUCGAAUCACCUAACUCUGUUCCUGUGCCUUAUGUCUUAUCAUGACUGAAUGAUGGCUCCUUCUUAUCCCAUAUCGUUCUGUGACAUGUGAGGGACAAUAAAAGAUUGUUCAUUGAGAUCAUUAUAUCUGCCUUCAACUUUUAAGUUUCAUUAGAACUGGGGUGAGAGAUUGGAAUAAUUUUUAUUGGAGUAAAAACCCCAACUGGAAGCAAACCACAACUGAAGACGAGAGAACAGCAACCAGUGAACCAUCCCGAGGACUGAGAGCAUCAACUGGAGAGAACCUAUCUGACUCGGAGAUUCCUGUGAUUCAGUCAGGAGAAAGUUUGGUUGAAAAUGAUGAGCAAUUUGUCUACUGGAAUCUCAAAUUAAGUCACACCAGUUUUGCUGUCUCUGACCAGAUAUUUAAGAAGUGGAGCAAGGGAUUCACUUCAUCUUCCUUCCUCGAUCAUCUGACUGACGGGUACUGUCAUCUGCUCAGACAGUGGGAAUGGAUUCAGUUGGACAUCUCAACUGAAGGUACAUCAACAAGUUCACACUGGGACAAGGCCAUUCACCAGUCGCUCUGCCCACCUGUGGACACACCAGUCAGUUCACACUGGGCAGAAUUUUGUCAUCUGCUGAAUUUGUAGGGAGAAUUCACUCUAUCAUCUGACAUAAUGGCUCACCAGGGAGUUCACACCGGGGAGUGGCCGUUCACCUGCUCAGACUGAGGGACAGGAUUCAAUUGCUCAUCUAAGCUGAAGGUACAUCAGUGAGUCCACUCUGCAGAGAGCCGAUUCACCUGCUCAGACUGAGGGAGGGGAUUCACCUGCUUAUCUGACCUAAUGGCUCAUCAGCGAGUUCACACUGGGGAGAGGCCGUUCACCUGUUCAGACUGUGAGAAGGCAUUCACCCGGUCAUCUGCCCUAAUGGUACACCAGCGAGUUCACACUGGGGAGAGGCCGUUCAUCUGCUUGGACUGUGGGAAGGGAUUCACACGGUCAUCUAAACUACUGGUACACAAGUCAGUUCACACUGGAGAGAGGCCAUUCACCUGCUCAGACUGUGGGAAGGGAUUCACUUGCUCAUCUAACCUGAAGGUACAUCAGCGAGUUCACACUGGAGAGAGGCCGUUCACCUGCUCCGACUGUGGGACAGGAUUCACUCAGUUAUCUUCCCUAAUGAAACACCAGCGAGUUCACACCGGGGAGCGGCCGUUCACCUGCUCGCACUGUGGGAAGGGAUUCACUCAGUUAUCUAACCUGAAGACACAUCAGCAAGUUCACACUGGCGAGAGGCCAUUCACCUGCUCAGACUGUGGGAAGGGAUUCAUUCGGUCGUCUGACCUAAUGGCUCACCAUCGAGUUCACACAAGGGAGCGGCCAUUCACCUGCUCGGACUGCGGGGAGGGAUUCAUUUACUCAUCUAACCUUAAGGUACAUCAGCAAGUUCACACCGGCGAGAGGCCGUUCACCUGCUCAGACUGUGGGAAAGGAUUCACUCGGUCAUCUAUAUUGAAGGUACAUCAGCGAGUUCACACUGGCGAGAGGCCGUUCACCUGCUCAGACUGUGGGAAGGGUUUCACUCAGUCAUCUAAACUGAAGGUACAUCAGCGAGUUCACACUGGAGAGAGGCCAUUCACCUGCUCAGACUGUGGGAAGGGAUUCACUGAGUCACCCACCCUAAUGGCACACAAGCGAGUUCACAACAGGGAGCAGCCGUUCACCUGCUCGGACUGCGGGAAGGGAUUCACUUGCUCAUCUAACCUGAUGGUACAUCAGCGAGUUCACACUGGAGAGAGGCCGUUCACCUGCUCAGACUGUGGGAAGGGAUUCACUCAGUUAUCUUCCCUAAUGAAACACCAGCGAGUUCACACCGGGGAGCGGCCAUUCACCUGCUUGGACUGUGGGAAGGGAUUCACUCAGAUAUCUAACCUGAAGACACAUCAGCAAGUUCACACUGGCGAGAGGCCAUUCACCUGCUCGGACUGUGGGAAGGGAUUCAUUCGAUCGUCUGACCUAAUGGCUCACCAGUCAGUUCACACAAGGGAGCGGCCGUUCACCUGCUUGUACUGUGGUAAGGGAUUCACUCGGUCAUCUGACCUAAUGGUACACCAGCGAGUUCACACUGGGGAGAGGCCGUUCAUCUGCUCAGACUGUGGGAAGGGAUUCACUCGGUCAUCUAUACUGAAGGUACACCAGCGAGUUCACACUGGGGAGAGGCCGUUCACCUGCUCAGAUUGUGGGAAGGGAUUCACUCGGUCAUCUCAACUGAAGGUGCAUCAGCGAGUUCACACUGGGGAGAGGCCGUUCACCUGCUCAGACUGUGGAAAGGGAUUCCCUUGCUCAUCUCAACUGAAGGUACAUCAGCGAGUUCACACCAGGGAGCAGCCGUUUACCUGCUCGGACUGCGGGAAGGGAUUCAUUUGGUCAUCUCAACUACAGAGACACCAGCGAGUUCACAGUGGGUAGAGGCCGAUCACCUGCUCAGACUUUGGGAAGAGAUUCUCUCAGCCAAAUCAACCAAAUGUGCAUCAUUGACUUCAAACUGGUGAGGCCGUUCACCUGCUGUGAUUGUGGGAAGCGAUUCACAUAGUCAUCUAGGCUUAUGUAACUCUCACUUCGUCUAGCAGCUUAAUGUAGGGGUGAUAGCCCCCAGCCCGGCCAAACUUGAGAAAUCUCUUUUGGGUGGAUGUUGUGUGAUGUGUCCCCUGUUACAAAUCAGUUCCCCGAAAUUACAAAGAGUACACAAUAUGCAAUUAAGCAAUUGAGCUUUAUAAUCCUUACUUUGACUACAGGGUUAGUAAAGUAAGCAAAGAAAAAUGGCCCGCUCUCUCCAUUCAUGUCUUCUCAUCUGUCCCUCGUGAAAGACCACAAAUUCUCUCUUCCAGACUCACAAGAAAGAACGUUUCUCUCAUUGGAUAGCCCCGCACUCCAAAACCCUGUUAUCUCUAGUCUGAACCUAAACAUUGCUGCUACAUAGAAACCAUUACCUCAGCAGUGAAACAUUGCAGAGACCAUUACAUGAGCAGUGAAACCUGGCAGCAUGUUACACAUGUGAUACACUACCGGGUGCACACUGGGAAGAAAGUUUUAAUGAGUUGCAUGCUGGAUAUUUGUCCAUCACCAUUGCUGAAUGCAAUUUCGAGAGUGACUGUUGGUGCUGAACUCUGCAAUUAUUGCUGCUGCUCACCGCAUCCAGUUCUGCACCCUGGUCACUGGCAUGGGAGGAGUUUCUGCUGCUGCACAUUCACCUUUAAUGUGACUGGAGUUUAAUAUUCUGGAUCUGAGUCAAAUAAAUCAGUUUAUUUUAAACUCUGUCUCUGGU